AUGGCACUAUGUGACUCUCCCAGCAGCUUCCCAUGGGCAGUGGCCCUGGGACGGCCAGAAAAGAUCUCCCUGGUGCUAGUCUGGGACCUAUUGGACUCUCCCCAGCUCUCCGGCUCAGAGGCCCUCAUCAGUCCUGUUGUUUACUGCAGGCCCCAUGGGACCCAGUUGUUCCGGAAACCCUGCUUGCUGGUGUUCAAGCACUGUUCAGGGAACGCGACCCAGGCCCGGGCUUGCACCAGUAACACUGACCUCCUCAGCAGCAAGACCUGGCAUCCCGUCUGGGUCAGGGAAGGGAUGAGGGCAGAGACCACGAGUGAUGAAUGCCGGAUACACCUCUCUCACUUCAGCUGUCCACACUUUGGCCCUGAUUCUGCAAUGCAAAUCGGGAAUAACUCCAGUGAGAUUCAUGGUAGCUUGACUGUAACCACUUUGCCCAUUGCAGGCUGGAAAAACAUGGAUGACAGCAGCUGCCAGUCCAUUCCUCACCUCCACAUCGGGCACGGAAAAUGCCCGUUUCGCUCCUUUUGUUUCUGGAGGAAGCAGGUAGCCUCCGCCAAUCAGAAUGAAGAAUGGACAGCACUGACCAAUGAAGUCAUUGUUACAAGGCACAGAUACCAGGAUGGCCUGGAGACGAAGUAUGUGGAAAUCUUGCGAUUCCAGGCCCCAGGGAGCAGCUCUCCGGAGACCAGAAUCUCUUCCACCCCUCACUGUAACAGGCUCCCCCGCGAGCUCUUUGAGCAGCUACAGGUGCUGCUGGACCCAAAUAGCAUCAGUGAGAACAGCUGGUGCAAGCUGGCAUCCAGGCUGGGCAUGUGCGGAAUGAAAAUCAGGUAUUUUGCAUGCCAGCAAAGCCCAGCGGCUGCCACCUUAGAGGUCUUUGAGGAGCAGAACGGGAACCUGAGGGAUCUCUACAACAUCAUGGUGGCCAUGGGCAGGUCAGACUGCGCCUUGGUCAUUGAAGGUUUCCUGAAUGGAACAAGCAGAGGGCACUGUUGCACGCUGGCCACCAGUGCCCCUAGCCAGGCAGGCACAGACAGACCUUGGAACAUGAAUGGCAAGAGCACAGGCAGCCCACAGCCUGGUCCCCUAGGACAAGGAUCCUGCCGUCGAGAGCUUACGAAAGGAGAACGUCUAAGCUGCAGUGGCUGGUGCUCCCCAAUCUGCACUGGCUUUCCCCUCCACUUGAAUUCUGGAGGCAGGCUGCAUAGAUGCUAAGGAGGACUCUGGAAUGAGCUGGAAGAAUCUCACCCCUGCGCCAUUGCGAGCAACAGGAGCACAGAGAGCCCUGCAACUCCCUCCCUGUUGGCUAGACUCAGCUUCUCCAUGCACGGACACUUGUGCCCCGUUACAGCCUGUGGUCACUCCCCACCCAUCCUGGUUUUUCCCUGACAUCUGGGAAGCCUCUUGUGCUCUCUCCCGGCCAUGUGGUUAGUAGGCAAGCUUGAGGGGGACGUUUCUGAGGCUCGCCAGUGAAGCGAAGGGUCCAAGGGAGGGCACCAGACUCGUGCUUCCAGGCAGCAGAAGGGGGAGCGGGAUACAUAGAGGGCAAUCUCUGUCUGUCAAGGGGAGGGACGUCAUCGUUCUGCUUAAAGGUGAAGAACUGCAGCAGCUCUUGUGUUUGGGGGACAGCGUGAGACCAAGCAUCCUCUGAGCUGGGACCCCUCUUCCUCGCUGGGACCCCUCUUCCUCGCUGGGUAUGCAUCCCCCUUGUGGGCUAGCUCUGCUCCUGUUAAUGGAAACAGGAAUGCUCCUCCCAGCUUGCCCAAGGCAGUCCCUUAAUUUGACAGCACUGCCCCAUGGGGGGUGGCUCGUGACUUGGGUGGCUCGUGACAUUGUAACUGCUACCGCUCAGUAGCAUCAAGUAUGCAGCCUUUGGGUUUUUUUGGAAAGCUGGUACUUUGUGCAAGGGUCUCUCCCUCAGUGAGCAAACGGGCUUGCUGUGGAGCGGAAGAGAUGGCAUCCUAGCCCAUGCAGCAAGUGUAGGGAAUAGACAGGGUCUGGCUCUAGUAAACACGACCUUCUAGACCCCUAACUGCAGGUUGCCCAUGUCCAGUCCACAAGCUGCAACCGCCUUGCUCAACCAGGCAUCCUUAGGCCCUCAUAGGCUUGGCUAGGCCAGCGCACCCCCGGGGAGGGAGAGAGAAUCAUUAUCUCCCAUCUACAGCUAGAAUGUGUGGGAGAGUAGGGACCUGAACCCGAGUCGCAGGCUAACACCCGAACCACAAGGGCAUCCCUCCUCCCACUCUGA